AUGGAUCUUAAGCAUAGUCAUUUGGUGAAGCUGAAUGAUGGACACUUCAUGCCAGUGCUUGGAUUUGGCACUUAUGCUUCUGAAGAUACUCCUAAAAGCAAGGCUCAAGAGGCCACCAAAGUGGCAAUUGAUAUAGGUUUCCGUCACAUAGAUUCAGCAUACGUCUAUCAAAAUGAGGAGGAAAUUGGAGAGGCCCUUCGAGAGAAGAUUGCAGAUGGUACUGUGAAGAGAGAGAAUUUGUUCUAUACCACCAAGCUUUGGGCUACUUUCCAUCAACCAGGUUUGGUUCAACCAGCCCUGGAGAAAUCAUUGAAGAAACUUCAACUGGACUAUGUAGAUCUCUUCAUUGUUCAUAUGCCAGUUUCUCUAAAGGCUGGGGAAGAACUGUUGCCCAAGGAUGCCAAUGGGAAAAUUAUUUUAGAUAGAGUGGACCUUCGUGAUACAUGGGAGGCUCUGGAGAAGUGUAAAGAUGCAGGUUUAACCAAAUCCAUAGGGGUGUCCAAUUUCAACCACAAACAACUGGAAUCAAUCCUGAACAAGCCAGGGCUCAAGUACAAGCCUACCUGCAAUCAGGUGGAAUGUCACCCUUAUCUCAACCAGAAAAAACUCCUGGAAUUCUGCAAGUCCAAGGACAUUGUUCUGGUUGCCUACAGUGCCCUAGGAUCCCACAGAGACCCAAAGUGGGUUGGACCAGAUAGCCCACAUCUCUUGGAGGAUCCAAUCUUGAAUGCAGUUGCCAAGAAACACAAGCGAACUCCAGCCCAAGUUGCCCUGCGCUACCAGCUGCAGCGGGGGGUGGUGGUCCUGGCCAAGAGCUUCAAUGAGAAAAGAAUCAAAGAGAACUUUGAGGUAUUCAACUUUGAAUUGACUCCAGAAGACAUGAAAAGCAUAGAUGGCCUCAAUAGAAAUUUCCGAUAUGAUGCAUUAGAAUUUGCUAUGGAUCACCCUGAUUUUCCAUAUUCUGAAGAAUAUUGA